UUAUUAUGGUAAGUGUAGAUUGCACAAAGGGCCCCCGGCUGAGAGUGCUCCGUCUAGUCAGUUUCUGUCUCUGCAACUGACCAGCAAGAUGUGAAUUUGUCUCUGGCUGGUUCUGGACAUUAUUUUUCACGUGGGGGUGGCGUUCGAUAGACCGCGCAACCCCCCCGCCAACUCCGAGGAGACCAUGCUCUAAGGCUCAGGUGGAGUUUUCAGGGCACUGAAAUGUGAAAGAUGCCUCCAAUAACCCCUGAUGUGUAAGAGGCAUCUAGCAACCUCCAUCUUACCCCACCACUACCAUUGAGUCUGAUGACCUGUCAGUUCCAGUGCCAGUAGAGAGCCAUUGGAGAAUCCCCCUCAAAUACCACAGCGCUCUCUGAGAAUGAUUCUAUCAUCCAUGUGGAAUGGGUGGCACUUGGAAUCCCUUUUCUUCCAAAGCCAGCAACUGCUCGUGAGUCACCAUGGCGACCAAGCAACCCCCACCUCUAAUGAAGAAGCAUAGCCAGACGGACCUGGUGAGCCGACUCAAGACAAGGAAGAUCUUGGGAGUUGGAGGGGAAGAUGAUGAUGGGGAAGUUCAUAGGUCUAAGAUCAGUCAAGUCCUGGGCAAUGAAAUAAAAUUUGCUGUGCGGGAACCCUUGGGGCUCAGGGUCUGGCAGUUUGUCUCUGCCAUCAUAUUUUCUGGGGUCGCCAUCAUGGCUCUCACUUUCCCUGAUCAGCUCUAUGAUGCCGUCUUUGAAGAAGAAUCCGUCAACAGCAAGACUCCCAUCAGGCUGUACGGAGGAGCCCUCCUCAGUCUCUCCCUUAUCAUGUGGAAUGCCCUGUACACAUCAGAGAAGGUCGUCAUCCGUUGGACCCUGCUGACAGAGGCCUGUUACUUUGGGGUACAGUUCCUAGUUACCACCAUCACCCUUGUCGAGAGUGGCCGGAUCUCCACAGGUGCCAUGCUCCUCCUCACCAGCCGGCUCCUCUUCACCCUCAUCACCGUUUACUACUAUUACCAAGUUGGACGGCGACCCAAGAAAGUCUAAUCCCUGAGGCUUUCUGGGGGAGGGGGGUGGGGUUUUUGUUAGUAAUGUCACUUGUUUGUUUGGUCCCUUUUGUUCUAAAGCAAUUCCCUUCUUUUCCACUUACCAGCAUGAAUCAGCGUGUAAACCCACUGUUGGCGCCAUUGCCACAUGAGGUGCAGGGGGAGAGCUGAUCCCUACAGUCCUCCCCAUAUCUGUCUAGAGAAGGCAAGUGAAUGCAGCAGGGAAGGCUGACAAGAUGUAAGGACCAGUCAGGCUCAGGGACAAUGGAGGAAACGGGCCAGUGGAAUCACAAGCUCAGAAACCUUUUCAACAAAGCACAAAAUGAGUGCAGCACGUAGAAACUGAAUCCCAGAGGGGAGAGGAAGCAAAGGCACACUGCAAAGGACUCAGUCUAGCUCCUGUAGGCUUGGAGCCAUUCAUUUGCCUUUCACUCACACCUAGAGCCUUUUUCCCCCUUUAGCAAGUAGACUGCAGAACGAAUCCUGGCCAGCCCUCUAAGGCAGGGCUGCUGCCACAGCUCCCAUCAGGUAGUGUUGUGUGUUUUAGAGACAACACCCAAUGUAUUUACUCUGUGCUGACCACUGCUAUAGCAAUGCUGACAGGACACACUGGGUUAAAUACAGCAAGAAAAGAGGGUGGCAUCUAACAGUCCUGUGAAACUUGACGCCAAGCUACAUCCAAAUCUUGUAUGGAUCUUCUUAAGGGAGAGUGGUGCAAAAAGAUGGAGAAAAAAGACAUGGAUUGCAGUAGGGGAGAAAUGUAAAGAGCUGUUGAAGAGUCUCCAAGACUGAAUAAGCCCUGUUGAAGUUUGGUAUAUAGACUGGACUGCUGCUCAUUUUUUUCUUUUCCCUUAAUUCCUAUUGGAGCAGUUCUCUUGCAGUUAACACUAGUGAGUGCACUAGCAUAGAUCAGCCAAUGGCACUUUAACCAGUCCCCUACUUCAGUCUAGAUGAGGCCAUGGUUAAAAUACUCCUUAUGUCCUGUCUUUGCUAGAGCACCCCUCACUGUUGGCAAGAGUGAGGAAAAGGCUCAUGUCAGUGAGGACUGCAGGGGGUAAAUCACUAUUCUGUAGGUACUUGUGUGAAUCUAACUCUAGUGAAGUGAGGGACUAGACAAGCCAGCUGGUCUUCUCCCUUCCUACUGUAUAAAUACCAACUUCUUCUUGGAUUCAGUAGAAAAAAGGACCAAAUGCUGAGGUCUUAUGUCUUCAGGAUCCUAUUUUGGCUGGGAUAAAGAAUGGCUGAGCAGGGAGAAGUACUAGGCCCAUCUUGCCUUCCCCAGCCAUGCCAAAGGCAUAACAGGACUUCAUUGUUCCACAACUGUUGCCUCCCAGUGCUCUUAAGGCUGAGGAAGAGUUAACCCUGGCUCUGCUCUGCUUCUAGUGACAAUCCAGGAGAAGAUAGUACCUUGCCCCACCUGCUUUCCAGAACCAUGCUGCUGGUUCUCCACUGUACUGAAAUCCAAAGGAUGGGAUAGAUUGCAUGGACUUAUUCAUGUACUAACAGGGGGAGCUGACAGACCAGGAAUAAGCAUGUGCAGGGUCCUAGCUGUUGAGAAUCAGAACUGUCUGUGAACAACAGAGCGAAGGUGGCUGCUGAAGAACAUUAGCUUUAAGGAACACUUCUUAGCAUCAGCCAGAAAAAAAAUCCCUCACUAAAGUUAACAUGGACAUCCACUGAGCAUUCAUGGUAAAGCCUGGUGCAUCUUCCCUACAGCUCUCCCUUAAAGCUUAUUUCUAUUAUGUGUUUCUGGCAUUUACAAACAGCUCCAUGAACUUGGCCUGCUGUGUGCAUUGCAAUGUCUGUCAAGUGGAAAUGCUGAAAAUAUUUGAGCUGAUACUAAAUCUUUUAACAACACACAAAGAGAGAUUGAUAGCCCCAGCCCGAUUGCAGCAACCUCUGGACCCUUAGCUACUUGCUAAUGCUGGGGCUGCGUGUAACGCUCCAGUCUGGCCAGUAGAAGAUUAUAUAGUUAAAAUUCAUCAUGAGCCUCUGGGAUACUGUCUGGAAUGGAACCUGUAACAAAGGGGAUCCUGGGGUUUUUGGGUUAAUUUCAUUUCAGCAGGAAUAGGCAGGUUCUAGGAAAGGAUCUUCCUUGGGGCUAUGGGUAAAAAAUGCUGCCCCUAGCAUACACCACUGGCCAUCAGGACUGAGUUUGUAUUAAUGCAGCAUAGCUGAAUGGGCUUUAGCUAUGAACCACUGUCAGAAGGCCCCACCUUUGCAUCUGCUAUGGUAGUGAACCAUCCAGCACAUAUUGCUCAGGGUUGGUUGCAAUCAAGUCUUGGUUGAUUUCAGGAUUUCUAAAGGGGUUUUAAAAAUCUAAGCCUCAGCCCCUGCCCCCCCACCCCCAGUUCCUGCAUGGGAGUGUCAAGUUUUUUUGCUGCUAUAAUUUCAAGUGUUUAACCCAACAGGUAGCUGAGACAAUGAUUCUGGUCUCUGUUUGUUGCCCCCUCCAGCCUAAGUGAUCUGGAGAGAGCGGUGGGGUGGGGUGGGGCAGGGCAGAGGGCUACUAGCCGUGAGGGGCAAGUCAAUGCUAAUCAAUGUAAAGGCCUGCUCCCAGGAAGAGAGAGAUCAAAUGGAGCAUAAACUCAAUUUACUCUGCUCAUUGCUCCCCCCCCCUUCAUGUAACCAAGUGCUAUUGGUGCCAUAGGGAGUGGGGCAGGGAUGGAAGAGUGGGGGUAGGUAGAGGGAAGUCAUUUGCAAAUUAGUUUGCUAUAGUGAUGAGGAGUGAGAGCAUAUGGAACAUGGGCUCAGGGUUGAUGCAUGCCCAGACGGUCGUCAUGUGGUCCUGCUGUCUCUGUAUGUCUACACUGGAGCUGGAAGUUAGCAAGUCUGCUGUAGCUGCACUUCCAGUUGGAGUACUAGCUUGAGCAAAUUUCUAUUUGAGCUGCACUGGGGCUGUCUCAUGGGACUGGAAUUUAUACCUUUCAGCUCUAAUGCAGAGAGAGAUGUACCCUGACUGAGAAGGGGUGUGUGCAAUCCUCCCUGGCAAUCACUAGUUAGCAGCUGACAGGUGCACUCCACGACUAGUGACGAGUAAUGGUGGGGAAUCGCUGACCCUACAAGGGACAGUGAGAGGGGUUUUCAGGAUCAGGGCUGGAGCACUGUGGGUAUCCCUAAGGGAAGGACUCGGGCAAUACCAUGUAGCACUGCCAGAAGCUUACAGCGAGCAGGGGUUUGCUGCCUCAGUUUUUGGCUUGACUGGGGGAGUUAUACAAUUGUUUUAUAGAAUUAAAUCCUACAGCAGAGCUGAACCAGGUAUUAGUCACUGCUGGGUGGUUCCUUCCACUCUAUAAAGGUAGGUUGGGCAGCAGCAGCAGGUGGUACAGGGCAGCACCUUGCUGAAAUUUCACAGGGACUGUGCCUAGAAGCACAAGGACAACUGCUAAGUGGCAGCAUAGGCUAGCAACCAAAAAUCCAGUUGGGAGGCAAAAACUAUUAGGCUUUAAUACUGUCUCUGCCACUGACUACCUAGAUGACCAUGGCCAAGUCACUUCACCUCCCAGGCAUCAGUUUCCCCAUCUAUGAAAUGAGGGUAAUGAACCCGACUUACCCAGAGGGAGAGAGGGGUAGCAUUGCAAGGUGUUUGUGCAGCCCUCCGUAGAGCUGAGAGGUAUUCUCCAGGUGACUGAGUUCUGAACAAAGAUGAGCAUGCAUUUACAUAGUGGGUUUCUGCAAAUGUUUUUUGUAUCUGGUUCCUGUGUCUGCAGUGGGGGAAACCAAAACAUUGGAUUCUUACAGCCCUAAACUUAAGGUGAGGGAGGCUAAAAAUUCAAGCAGGUCCCUGCACUUCUCUGCUCAGCCCUUACUGAUCUCAAGGCCAGCCGGCAUUGGCACCGGAGAGGAGAAAGUGUCUCUCUAGUCCCAUUGCCACUCCCUGAGCCAGCCAGCCUUUCCUGGCUCCUAGGUUUUUUGGAUUCAGUUUAUACCUCAUCUUAGCUGAGUUUAUUCCUCCUUUGGUGAGAAAGUGACUGUACUUAACAUAAAAAAAAAAUCAUGUGAAUAAUAAAAAUUAAAGAUGUCCCAUU